AUGACCGACGUCGCGCACGACGUGCGCGUCAUGUUUACCUCGUCCGCCGACGCCACCGUUCGAGCGAAGACGAUCGCGUUCCGCUUCGACCGCACGAAACGCUCGAAACUCGUGCGCGCGACGACGACUGGGACGACCGGGCACAUGACGCGCUUGACGCGCGUUGAGGACGGCGACGGGCGCGUGUCGCGCGCGUGCGAUACGUGCUUGAUCGAAAUUCACGGCGUGAGGUUCACGCGAUCGAUCGAACCGAGGCUGACGAAGAUCGUAGACGCGCGAGAGGUGGCGCAGCGACAGCUCGGGACGUUGGCGGAACGCGGCGCGGCGGUGCAGCUGCGAUUCGGUAACGCGAGAGAUGACGACGGUCGAGGGACGUGCGAAGUGUUGGACGGAGCGUUGACGAUCGACCCGUUACAUCCAGCGAUGGAAGCGUGCGCGAGUGCGAUGUGUGAAGUCGUGGCCGAAGGCGCGCGGUCGCUCGGGACGCGCGCGGCGAGCGUCGGGAAGAAUCCCGAGGUGUGGACGCCGCGGAAAUUAGAAGAGGGCGACGAGGGGUACGAGAAGGGAAAGACCAAGUACGAAUUCGCGUGGAGCGGGGAGGGGAAGUUCGCGGAAGAGUUCGGCCGAUACAGAGGGCUCCAAAGCGAGGCGGAACCUUUGGUGCGAAAGAUCGCCGAACGCGAUCGUCGCGUCGCCGCGCUACACUUGCGAAUCGCGCAUCUAGAAGAAAUACGUCGCGGUCUCGAGGUUGGAUCGUGCGGCGUCAUUCCCGAAGACUGUUUCACGCGUCGCGUCGUCGAUGCCGAUCUCAUCGAUCGCUUGCACGAAGGUUUGACGCUCACGAGCCAAGUCACCGGGGAAUCGUACAACGUACGCGAAUGCGGCGUGUACUUUGACGACUUGGAAGAUUGCGACGCCGAAGACCUCAAAUCCAAGAUAACCGAGACGCAAGGUCAGCUCGCCUUGGCGCAGGCCGUCUUGCGCGCGAUGCACGAAGAACUUCAAGAGCGCGUUCGAUGGGACAGUCACGAGAGCGGCGUGGAGACGCGCGACGUGCUCGAAAACGGCGUGCGCCGCGAGCACAUGGAACGCUUGCUCGGCCGCGGGGCGACGAAGGCUGACGUCGAGGCGUCGCUCAAGCUACCCGAUCGUAUUCGCGCGAAACUCGUCGGUGGGUACGACGUCGACCGCUGCAGAAAGACUGGUAAGUACAUCGCCGCGACGGCGGACCGAGGUCCCGCCCGGCUGGAAUAG